AUGGCAUUGAAAAGGAAAAUCACCGAAAUCACGAAGGAUGAUCAGACCUCUCGUAGGAAAAGAACCAAAGGCCUUUUUAGCAAGUCGCAUGAGCUAGGUAUACGUCCCAGCUGCAAAGUGUUCACUUGUGUAUUGUACACCGACGUUGACAAAGUCCGCACUUACGAUUCGACGGGCGGUGAUAUCUUGGGAGAGCUAGAGACGGUGGUGAAAAGACUACGUCACUUUCCUGAGAACUGGCAGCAAUUUGGCCCUUCCUCUUACAAAAAUAGUAAGCCAAACAGUAAACAGCCAAAGUGUGGACGCCAGCCGAGCGAUGAUCCGUUACCCCAGGCACUGGAGGCAUCAGAACAAAGUGCUUUGUUCAGCGAGCCUCCAAGUUUUGAUUUCAAAUCUCUGCCAAAGUACGCGGAAAUAUUCCCUGCAAAAGUAUGA